AUGUUUAGAUAUGGUUUAGUAGGAAACAUUGCGACUUAUGGUGGCAUAGUAGCAAUAUUUGGUUAUGUAGGUAUGAUUUUGUAAUAAAAUGAAAGGAUAUGAAUUAAAUAAUAUAGUAGAAAUGUCUCCAAAAAUAGACGAUGAAGUACUGUGAAAUAGAUGAUUAUAGUUAGCAUCUGAAGUAUUGAAUACAAGCAGAUCUCCAAAUAUAUCAAUAGAUGCAAAGACAGAUAUGAGAAGAGCUGCAGCUAAAUAAAUUUUAUAGGAUUAUCAACGUAAGAAGAAGGGUUAAGUUGAGGUAUUUGAAUAGAUUGAAUAAAAACAAUAAAGAAAGCCUUAAUCUAAUGAAGCAGAUAUUUGA